UGUUUUUUAAUAUUUUCUUUAUUUCAACUCACUUUCUAAAAUUUAAUUUUAAAAUGAAAAUUUAUGUCAGCAGAAAAAUACAGUGAGAACAACAUGGUAUUUUAAGAGGUAACUUAGACUCACAAAAAAAGAGAGAUAACCUAGACUGUGUUGUCACUUUGUGCUAAACAUUAGAACUUGUUAGGUGUUAAGCAUUAGAUGGACUUCGUGUACUUUUCAACUUAAUCGUGAUAAAGAAUCACCACUAAAUGAGUAGUGCUUAAAAUGUUGGUGAAAUCCUGUUGGUAAAAUCAUACAACACCUAAAAUCAUCUUUUGUACAAAUCUCAUACUCUGGAAUGAAAAUUGUAGUUGUUCAUAUGAAAGAAAAAGCUGCUUGAACUGUACGUACCCAAGACCGGAAGUGGAAAUAACUGACCAGAAGAAAUAUAUACCUGUGAGAUGGAGAGUUCUAGGAGUCCCUAGAGAGGUUCAUCUAGACUUCUAGGGUGACAUUACCUCAUUUAGCUUUAAUUCUCACCUCUCCAAUAGUGUUUUGGUCUACAGUGACCAGUGGUUUUGCAGGAUUUCACCAACCUGUGGGAAUGUGAAAAGGUGCCUGGAUGUGGGAAAAGUUGCUUAUCAAAGAUAACCCCUGGACUAGAAACUGGGGCGAGGUGGGGGGGAAUGGCUGUGGUUUUACAUUGUGGACAGGAGAACAGCGGGACAUGCUUGUUAAGAUAAUAGUGGAUUCAUCUCAGGUUCUAGAAACCAUGCGUUCGUAUUUUGAGAAAUUGCCAUGUUAUUUAAUUUGCCUCUUAGUAUUUAGAGGGAUACUUCCCCUAGGCAUGGUGUUCUGUAUACUUAUUGGCUGAUGUGCUUUAGGGUAUAGUAAUUGUUGAUAAGAAUAGAAUCUUUCUUUCCUGAAUAUCUCCAAGUUGCUGAGUUGAUUUAGCUAUUCCUUUCCUUAGAGAUUAUGGACAUAUUUGUUUUCUUAUCUUUUGUCUCUGCAGUAAAGAGUGAUACAAGACUAACCUUAGAGGGACUGAAAGUCUAGUAGGGAAUGAAGAUUUACUCGUGAGCAGUUACGUUUAAUUUUAAGUGAUGAGUUCUGUGAUGCUGAUUAUAGGGGCCUAAUUUUGCAAAUACUGUUUAAAAAUACAAAAGACUCUCAAACACCUAUAGGAGUAAACAGAUGUUAUUUUGUAUGUUUUCUUCAAAUUAAAAAAAAAACCAAAGCAUUACAAAUGAAGUUCCUUCUCUUCGCUUCAGAGUCACAGUCCUUUCCCCAGAGGCAAUCCUUGUGAAUUUAGCGUGUAUCCAAUGUGACACAGUAUUUCUCCUGUGUCGUUUCAGUAGUUAGAAGGCUCAGUCUCCUUCAUGGUAAUCUCUGUUUUUCAUUUUAACUUCCUUUAUCAUUGAGAUGUCUGUCACUUCUGUCCUUUGAUAUUCUCAUUUCUUUUCCUUUUUUAUUUCUUCAUUAUUUUUUGAUUUGGGGAGGCUCCUACUUAGCUUUCAUAGCUAUAGCCAACCAGUGAGAACUUGUCUUUUUGGUAAAUUAGCCAAUCACUUUUUCUUUGGUUCUUUUCAGCUAUUUCUUCAUAGCCAGAGAUAGCUUUCGUUACUUCUAAUUUUGUGUAUAGAAAGUUGUGGAUGAUAGAAGGCACCAGAUACCCAGAGUACAAGUGUUACUGUAUCAGAAUUGCAGCUCUGCAAGUAAGUAUCAAAAUACAAAAUUUAGCAGGCUGCAACCUUUUAAUGACUAAUUUUCCUUUAUGACGUGUAUCAUAAUAACAAAUUCUGUAUAAUCUAGAACUUAAUUUUUAGGUAACAAUUUAUUAAUAAGGCUUUUCUGAUGUGUUUCUUAAGUCUAAAAGGAGAAAUCUAUUGACAGAUUUCGUGAAGUAUGUAUUCCACCACUACCCCUGCCAGUGGCCAAGACUCUGCUUGUGUAAUGAGAGAAGAUAUAGUUGUGGCAAGGGGUGGAAUAGAGCCUUUGGAAUGUAGCUACUUUAGUAUUUCUGUUCUCACAUUUCCAUCACCAUUCUGUUAGCUCUUAAAUAUCAUGCAAGCUUUUUCACCUAAUAACAAAGGUUAUUUCCCUGUCUCAUUCUUUAUAAUUUGUUACAGGGAUUUUUAUAGACAAGUAGGCUGGUAGAUUUAAAAAGUUGUUUUAGCGUUAUUGAUCUUUGAUCAUACUUGGUAAGAACGAACUUGUUCUAGAAAUUUAUUCUACAAUGGGCAUUGCAUUUUUUAAAUGUUGGGGUUGUCUUGGGGCUUCUGGUGGGGGUAACAGUACCUAUUUGUAAUUAUAAACCUGUAGGAUCAUAUGCAAAGAUUAGGAGGGAUAGCCUUUCUGUACCAUAUAGUACCCUUACUUUUGCAUUUUCCGGGGUAAAGGAAAUUUUCUCCUAUUCACUCAGUAUGAUUUUAUAAGUUCUGUUAGAUAGAAGUGACUUGAUAUUACAUUUGGGAGGGAGAAUACCAUAAUUGGUUUUUCCCACUGCCACCUUCGGCUGAGUACAUUUUCUUAUGUAGUAAAUAUAUUCUUGAAAAGUUUGACGUGUAUCAAGUCACAUUAACUGUUUUCAAAGCAUCUGUAAUCAUAAUAUGCUAAGACAUGGUAGUGAGUCCUUUUAUGAAACAAAUUCUGUACUUUGAAGUAUGUAAACAUGCGGUGAAUCAAACUGAGUGUAUUUAUUAACAAUUACAUGGAGUAAUAGAUUUUUUAAAAGAAUAAUCACAAAAGAGUUCUUACAGAUGAGUUUUAAGGCUGAAUUCUAAAGGAACAGCAAAGGUAGGUGGGAGAAGUUAGUAGUUGAUGAGAAACUUCAAGGAGGGUGUAAAAGUAAAUCGGUUCUUCAGUGUAGUAGGCACUAUGCAGCAGUAAUCACCUGCUUUUACCUCUGAACACAAGGGUUUACUGAGGCCGGGCAAGUUUCUCCCUGCCCUAGACUAGAAAUUGGCUAUGGGUCUUUAUAUAGUUUCCUUGUUACUAUAUGGACUCAGUAGCUAAUACGAGAAAUGGUGGUAAGAAGGUGAAGCAUUUCUCUGUGUUUGAUGAUUUGAGGGCACAGGGAAAUGAGAAGCUUUAAGCGUUUGGUUAGAUGCCUGUCUUUCUUGCUCUGCUUUCCUCUCACUGAAGGGGUAUGCAUUUUAUUUCAGGGGGAAUGUGCCUACUCUGUCCUAAGCCAUUGGUGACACUUGGCCCAUAAUAAGUGUACCUGCGGGGAGGGCUUUUCUUUUUCUGGCCCCAUUUAUAAGCCAGGGGUUGCUUCCAUUUGCUCUGUGUGCUGUUGAGUUUUAUUCUCUCUGGUUUCCCUAAGCUAAGCUCUAAGCUAAUUCUAUACAAAAGAAAUAUUAAUUAGUUGUUUUUAUAAGUUGCUUGCCAUUAAUGCCUGAUAAUAUGCAGUAAAAUAAGGAUUCUGCAUACCAUUAUAUAUGUCAAAUAUUACAGACUUUAAGGUUCUUUUAAUUACAAUACUAAACUCAGUUCACUUUUGCUUAGCCUUCACAGUUGUUGAUCACAUAGCAUGGUCAUCCACUCACAGCUUAAAAAAAUACAGGGAGCAUCGGAGAGAAUGGGAGAUACUACUCGCCAACGAAUCAAAUUCAGUGAUGACCGAGUGUGCAAGAGUCACCUUCUCAACUGUUGCCCCCAUGAUGUCCUCUCUGGAACUAGAAUGGAUCUUGGAGAGUGUCUCAAAGUCCAUGACCUGGCUUUAAGAGCAGAUUAUGAAAUUGCAUCCAAAGAACAAGAUUUUUUCUUUGAACUUGAUGCUAUGGAUCAUCUGCAGUCAUUCAUUGCAGAUUGUGAUCGAAGAACAGAAGUGGCCAAGAAAAGAUUAGCAGAGACUCAAGAAGAGAUUAGUGCUGAAGUGGCCGCAAAGGCAGAACGUGUUCAUGAAUUAAAUGAAGAAAUUGGUAAGUUGUUGGCCAAGGUGGAACAACUAGGAGCUGAGGGAAAUGUGGAAGAAUCCCAAAAAGUAAUGGAUGAAGUAGAGAAAGCACGGGCAAAGAAAAGAGAAGCAGAGGAAGUUUAUAGGAAUUCUAUGCCGGCUUCCAGUUUCCAACAACAGAAACUUCGAGUCUGUGAAGUCUGCUCUGCCUAUUUAGGUCUUCAUGAUAAUGAUAGACGACUGGCUGAUCAUUUUGGGGGUAAACUGCACCUGGGAUUUAUUGAAAUAAGAGAGAAACUUGAAGAAUUAAAGAGAGUUGUAGCUGAGAAACAGGAGAAAAGAAAUCAGGAACGCCUGAAACGAAGAGAAGAAAGAGAGAGAGAAGAAAGGGAGAAGCUGAGGAGGUCUCGAUCACAUAGCAAGAAUCCCAAAAGGUCCAGGUCCAGAGAGCAUCGCAGACACCGGUCUCGCUCCAUGUCACGGGAACGGAAGAGGAGAACUCGCUCCAAAUCUCGGGAGAAACGCCAUCGCCACAGAUCCCGCUCUAGCAGCCGAAGCCGCAGCCGUAGCCACCAGCGAAGUGGGCACAGUUCUAGAGACAGGAGCAGAGAGCGAUCCAGGAGGAGAUCCUCAAAAGAAAGAUUCAGAGACCAAGACUUAGCAUCACGUGACAGAGACAGGAAUUCAAGAGACAGAUCACCUCGUGACAGAGACCGAAAAGAUAAGAAGCGGUCCUAUGAGAGCGCUAAUGGCAGAUCAGAAGACAGGAGGAGCUCUGAAGAGCGCGAAGCAGGGGAGAUAUAAUUAGCUGUGUACAUAUCCUCAAUCCUUAAGCUUCCUAUGGAGUUACAUACUAUUGUUUAGUUUACAGCUAUUGGGGGUUACAGUGAGCAGUUCCAGACUCCAAUCCAAGUAGGCUAGAUGCACAGUAUCUAACUCGAUCUGAACUGAACUUGUUUUCCCUGAUGAAGCCUAAAACUACAUCCAUAGUUUCUGGUGAACCUGUAAUGCGAUUCUGAAAGUACAGUUUUAUAUAAUAAGAUGCCGAUAUCUUUAUUCUUUCUAGUAGGAGUGAUAGUGAACGAAUUGUGUUGCUUGCCUUGGGAAUUUUUGAACAUUUGUAAAAUGCUGUCUUCCUUUCUAGUCCACAAACAACAGCUUUCAGAAUUUUUCUUUUUAAUUCUUCUUCCUCUGACUUUUGUAUCCCCUAAUACCUCCACCCUCUAAUUAUAGGAGAAAGGGGGAGCAGGGAAGCAAUAUGACUUCUGUUCUAAGGUUCUGUUCCCAUUAUUAUGAGCUGAUUACAGAGCAUUUAUACUGGAAAGUGUGCUGGAGAAAUUUCAAUACCCGGAGUUUUUGUUUUGUUUUACAGUGCCUAUUUAGAGUUGGAAGUUGAACAGCCUGUUGCAUCACAUACUUUGCUUUUUUAUUGAAAUUUUGAAAUCCAACAUGUCUUGAUUUUUCUGUUCUAUUGAAUUGCUAUGUUCAGGAUGUUUUGAAAAGGGGGGUGGGGCAGGGACUCUUUCAUAAGCACUUGUUUUAUUUUGUGUGUGUGUGUGUGUGUGGAGUAUAAAGGCUACAACCUUAUUGUAAAAAAUAAUAAAAUGAAACAAUCACCACCACCAUCAUUAAACUGUAACUUGUCUAGUAAAUUGUCACUAGAACUAUUUGAUGUGGGCAUUUCUUCUGUUCUAUCAUCAGUGCCUUACUGUGCAAGGCACCAAAGGAAAUAAACACAUACUUGCCAAGA